UGAACCAUCACCCCACCGCCAAGCCCCCCACCAACAACUGAAAUUUUUCAGGAAAAAAGUUCACACGGCCCACAGCGCCCUAGCUUAAUGCGAAAAUAGUGUCAUCUGCCCCGCCAUAAAAUGCCAUCUCGCGCUCCUUUCUUCUUCUUUCUUUUACUUGGACCGGUCAAUACCCGUUUCCCUUGUCUCUGAAAACACUUCCUCCCUCUCACAUCUCCCGCAGAAGAAGUAGUAGGAACAGGAAACACUUUCGAGUCAAGCAGAAAGAACCCACCUUCUUUCCUCCUUCCUUCUCUUCUACCCGCCACGACUCCUACACCAUGUCCUCCACCACUCCCACUAUCCUCGACUUCACGUCGGCUGUCGAGUAUCUGAAGACCGACUACCAGAGGGACGGCUUAGAUGUCAAGUCUCUCUUGGACUCCGAUAAGCGGGGAGGAAUGACCUACAACGACUUCCUGAUCCUGCCCGGCUACAUCGGUUUCGCCUCGCACGACGUCACCCUCGAGUCGAAGAUCACCAAGCGCAUCUCGCUGAGGCUGCCUUUGGUGUCGUCGCCGAUGGACACCGUCACCGAGACCGACAUGGCCAUCUUCAUGGCGCUGUUGGGAGGUGUUGGUGUCAUCCACCACAACUGCACCGCCGAUGAGCAGGCCGAGAUGGUGCGCAAGGUCAAGCGUUACGAGAACGGUUUCAUCCUUGACCCGGUGGUCAUGAGCCCCGCGAACACCGUAGGAGACGUUCGCCAGGUCAAGCAUGAGCACGGAUUUGCCGGUAUCCCCGUAACUGAGGAUGGCAACCUGAAGUCCAAGCUCGUCGGAAUCGUCACGAUGCGAGAUAUCCAGUUCCACCGUGACGAUACCACCCCCCUGGCCGAGGUUAUGACCACGGACUUGAUCACCGCCCCCGAGGGCAUCACUCUCGCCGAGGCCAACCAGAUCCUGCGUUCGUCCAAGAAGGGCAAGCUCCCGAUCGUCGACAAGAACAACAACCUGACCGCGCUCCUCUCGCGUUCCGACCUGAUGAAGAACCUGCACUUCCCCCUCGCGUCCAAAGUCGACAGCAAGCAGCUGCUCUGCGCCGCCGCCAUCGGCACCCGCGAGGACGACAAGGAGCGUCUGCGCAAGCUCGUCGAGGCUGGCCUCGACAUCGUCAUCAUGGACUCGUCGCAGGGUAACUCGAUGUACCAGAUCUCGAUGCUCAAGUGGAUCAAGGCGACCUUCCCCAACAUCGACGUCAUUGCCGGUAACGUUGUCACCCGUGAGCAGGCCGCAAACCUGAUCGCUGCCGGCGCCGACGGUCUCCGUAUCGGAAUGGGCUCUGGCUCCGCCUGCAUCACCCAGGAGGUCAUGGCCGUCGGACGUCCCCAGGCCACUGCCGUAUACUCCAUCUGCGAGUUCGCCAACCGCUUCGGCGUGCCGUGCAUGGCCGACGGAGGAGUCCAGAACGUUGGCCACAUCGUCAAGGCCAUCGCGCUUGGUGCCUCCACCGUCAUGAUGGGUGGUCUCCUCGCCGGAACCACCGAGUCCCCCGGAAAGUACUUCCUGUCCGCCGAGGGCAAGAUGGUCAAGGCCUACCGUGGCAUGGGCUCGAUCGACGCCAUGGAGAGUCAGAAGUCGGCGGACAACGCUGCCACCGGCCGCUACUUCUCGGAGGGCGAUAGUGUGCGCGUCGCGCAGGGUGUCUCCGGCUCCGUGCUCGACCGCGGCUCCGUCACAAAGUUCGUGCCGUACCUCCAGGCGGGGCUCCAGCACUCCCUCCAGGACAUCGGUGUUACGAGCAUCGAGGCGCUGCAGAAGGGCGUGCGCAAGGGCGAGGUGCGCUUCGAGAUCAGAACUGUCUCGGCCCAGGCGGAGGGUAACGUGCACGGCCUGCACGAGUUCAACAAGAAGCUAUAUGCUUAGAUGGGUGCUUUGUGUUAAGUUGGAGUAUGGUUGGGCUGGCUGCGUUGGGAUAUUGCGUUUAUGGGAUAACUAAAAGAGCGGCGGAUGGGGCCUCUGCUUAUUUUCUCUUUCGAUUUGUUUUCUGUCGUGCUCGGUCUCUGCUAGUGGGAUCGGUUGAUUUUGUAUAUGAUACUCUGGGGCUAACAGGUACCAAGCGUGUGGUGGUUGGGAUGUGUGUGCAGUCCU